AGUUAAAUCUUAAUAGCUUUGUUAAUUUGGAAGAAUUAUGUAUCUCUGGUAAUAAUGCAUCUUAUAAACAAAAAUUAACUAGUUUGAAGAUCGAUAAAUGCAACAAGUUAACUACUCUAACAAUUAAUCAUACUACUCUUGAUAGUUUAAAUGUUAGAGAGAAUGCCACUCUCCAAAAUAUUACCUUGACCAAUAACCAAUUAGAUGAUAAUAUAUUAAAAAGUCAAGUAAAGAGAUUAAUUAACGAGAUUAGAAAUGUUAAGAACACUAGUAUUGGUGAUCUAAAAUUAGAGGCUAAAAAAAUUGAAGAGGAAAAUUUGGAAUACCAAUUAGCUGUUAUUAAAGAUAAAUUGGAGUACCAAGUAGCUUAUGCUAAAGAUAAAUUGAACAAAGAGAAUCAAUCACUUUUAGAAAUUUUACUAGAAACUCAGCAAGAAGUUUUACAAAGUGGCAAUUCUUUUGCCCGAAACAUAUUAGAAAAAGUUAAAAAACAAUUAUCCAAU